GCGACGAUAAGGUCAACAGGUACACCGCUCUCGAGGCGCACAUUUUAUUACAAGAUAUUCAUCGAUGUGUUCCACAUAGAAAGCAUAGCGUAUCGGCGAGCGCACCCAUAAUAGCAUUAGAGUAUUAGAUAGCUGUUGAUUGUCUCGCGGAGGAAAAACGCGCGAUGGUGGCGCGCAACUUCUCAGUUCAGGAGUUGCCGUACUCGCGAUUGCUGCAGGUGAACGCCGACGAGCGCAGGGACUACAUGACGCUCGAAGAACUCAAGCCUGUCACCGUACAGAAUAUUCAACCGCAUCAGCCGAGCUAUCAAGCGAGUUAUUAUGAAUUAUCAAGUAUGGUCGAACAUCCUUGUUCUUCAAGUUUGUAUCAGAAUGAUCAACAAGCCACGGACUUGGAUACAAUUGAAAGCACAAUUUCCGAUGUGCAUAAUCUUCAAAAUCCCGUGAGCAGGAAAAGAAAAUCAUCUUACAAUGAUCCGAAUGAUUUUGAAGACGACGCCAGUGGUAACAUGAAAACCAGCAAAAGUGUUGACGAAAACAAAAAGCAGAAUCACAGUGAGAUUGAAAAACGUCGUCGGGAUAAAAUGAACACCUAUAUCACGGAAUUAUCUUCAAUUGUACCAAUGUGUCAUGCAAUGUCACGAAAAUUAGAUAAAUUGACAGUUUUGCGGAUGGCUGUGCAACACCUCAAGACUAUUAGGGGUGCUGUUAAUUCCUACACUGAAGGACAUUACAAACCUUCGUUUUUAUCCGAUCAAGAAUUGAAACAUUUGAUUUUACAGGCUGCAGAUGGAUUCCUGUUUGUUGUUGGCUGUGAUCGCGGACGAAUUUUAUACGUUUCUGAAUCAGUUUCGAAAGUUUUAAACUACUCACAGGGUGACCUUUUAGGACAAAGCAUGUUCGACAUUCUGCAUCCGAAGGACGUCGCCAAAGUGAAAGAACAACUUUCUUCGUCCGAUUUAAAUCCGCGCGAGCGUUUAAUCGACGCUAAAACUAUGUUGCCAGUAAAAACUGAUUUACCACCGGGUGUGUCGCGAAUGUGUCCCGGCGCAAGACGUUCGUUUUUCUGUCGUAUGAAAUGUAAGAUAUCAGCGCAGGUAAAAGAAGAAGCUGAUACCACUACGGGUUGUCAUCGACGUAAAAACAAACAAAGUUCAGAUAAAAAGUUCAACGUAAUCCAAUGCACUGGUUACUUAAAGUCUUGGGCACCAGCAAAAAUCGGCGUAGAAGAACACGAAGGUGAAGGCGACUCGUUUAAUCUAUCGUGUCUUGUGGCUGUCGGUCGUAUACUACCAAAAAUAUCAACUGUUGCACCGUCGACUCAAGUACGCCCGAAUGUUAAAAACGUACAAUUUAUCUCUCGUCAUGCGCUCGACGGCAAGUUUCUAUUUGUUGAUCAACGCGCUACUUUGGUACUGGGAUUCCUGCCUCAGGAACUCCUCGGAACCAGUAUGUAUGAAUAUUAUCACAAUGAUGACAUUCAGACUUUAUCCGAAUAUCACAAAACUGCGCUGCAAAAUAACGAACGGGUUAAUACAAAAAUAUAUCGGUUUAGAACUAAAGACGAUGGUUUUGUGCGCCUACAAAGUGAAUGGAAAGCGUUUAAAAAUCCAUGGACGAAAGAAAUUGAAUGUGUUAUUGCUAAGAAUAGUUUGAUUCUGACUGAUUUGCGAACUGUGGAGAGUACCGGUGAGAGAACGGAGAAUAUCCGCGAGAAUUUUGAAUUUUUCACGCAGAAUUCGGGAAAAGAGAUACAGAGGAUUAUUCAUGAUCAUGUGGAAGCUAGUAAUAUUGGCAGGCAUGUUGCGGAACAAGUUUUGGAUACACAGAGUUCACAAAGGCAGGAAGGUGAUACUCCAGAGGAAAGUUCACCAAAUUCCGAACCGGAAUCGAGUUUACAGAAUUUACAAGCUAACGAGUCGCAAAUAUCUACAAGUGUCCCAUGUCCAGGAAUGUCCACAUCUGAUCAAAAUCAAAUGAUAUCAAAUUAUCAACCGCAAGAUUCACAAUUUAACAACCACCACGUUCAAAACAACAUUUCUUUGACAAAUCUUUCCGAACCAGGUGGAAGUGUGGUGACCUUACCAGCGUCCGAAAGUCGUGUUAUUGGUAUGAUGGAAGACGCCGUACGCGAAUCACCAACCAACAACCCUUCGUCAGAUGGUAAUGAUGAAGCAGCAAUGGCGGUCAUCAUGAGUCUCCUCGAAGCGGAUGCUGGACUUGGUGGCCCGGUGGAUUUUUCCGGCCUACCUUGGCCGUUACCAUAAAGAAUCAAAUCAUUUAAAGUAAACAACAUGUUUACUUCUAUACACAAUUAAAGUAACAUAUUAUAAUGAUGAAUGUGAUCACAAAUUAACUUAAAUGUCUACAGAACCAAAAUCAACGUACAAAAUACAAAGCAGGUAAUUGCAAUAA